AUGUUUGUCGUGGGCGUGACCCGGCUGAGACGACCAAUCGCCGGUCUUAGCAGGUCAGCAGCCGAUGCUUACCUAAACCCAUCUGCUACACAGAACACCCACCCAACGCAAAUCGACAGACUCAAGAUGGUGGAAGAAGCUGGCUCGGGCUCUCUUCCCUCAGGUUCUGCCCCGCCGAUCGGAAAUAGCAUCUCUCCUGGUGGCCCUGGAUUCGUCAUGGCAGACUUCGCAAAACUCUCGAUCUUUGGCACUGUUUUCGAGGUCACGACAAGGUAUACUGACCUUCAACCGGUGGGAAUGGGCGCAUUCGGAUUGGUGUGUUCGGCCAAUGACCAGUUAACAGCUACAAAUGUGGCGAUCAAGAAGAUCAUGAAACCAUUCUCAACGCCCGUCUUGGCUAAAAGAACCUAUAGGGAAUUGAAGUUAUUAAAGCAUAUCAGACACGAAAAUAUCAUCAGUCUCUCAGAUAUCUUUAUUUCCCCCUUGGAAGAUAUCUACUUCGUCACCGAGUUAUUAGGUACCGAUCUGCAUAGGUUGUUAACCUCUCGCCCCUUGGAAAAACAGUUCAUUCAAUAUUUUCUUUACCAAAUCUUGCGUGGCUUAAAAUACGUCCAUUCAGCCGGCGUAGUUCAUCGUGACUUGAAACCAUCCAACAUAUUAGUCAACGAAAACUGCGAUCUGAAGAUAUGCGAUUUUGGAUUGGCAAGAUUACAAGAUCCUCAGAUGACUGGAUAUGUUUCGACACGAUAUUAUCGCGCGCCUGAGAUCAUGCUGACCUGGCAGAAAUACGACGUAGCUGUCGAUAUAUGGAGUGCUGGUUGCAUUUUUGCUGAAAUGUUGGAAGGCAAACCUCUAUUCCCUGGGAAAGAUCAUGUUAAUCAAUUCUCUAUCAUUACCGAGUUGCUUGGAACUCCUCCUGAUGACGUCAUUGCCACAAUCUGUUCAGAAAAUACGCUUCGAUUUGUUCAAUCAUUACCAAAGCGAGACCGGAUCCCAUUCAGCAGCAAGUUCAAGAACGCCGAUCCGCUUGCGUUGGACUUGCUUGAAAGGAUGCUGGUAUUUGAUCCCCGAAAGCGGAUCAAUGCCACCGAGGCUUUAGCCAACGAAUACUUAUCUCCCUAUCAUGAUCCGACUGAUGAGCCCAUCGCCAAUGAGCCUUUUGACUGGUCCUUCAACGAUGCUGAUUUGCCCGUCGACACUUGGCGGGUCAUGAUGUAUUCCGAGAUUUUAGACUUCCAUGAUGUCAAAGAACCGCCAGCAGGACAUGAACAAGUUCAGCCAGCUCAUGAACAAGCGCAACCCAUUGAAACCAAUUGA